UGCCAGUAGUUGGGCAUUUCCUUUCGGAUUAGAUUUCGUUGUCAGACUGGUAUUUAAAUAUGCUGCAGUAACGAAGCCGGGGAAGCCAGUGGAAACCAGUGACCGCUCAAGAUUCUACGCUAUAUUAUACCUGUAUUAUUGUUUUCUUCAUUUGGUUCGAAAAAGGUAUAUUAUAUAGAACAGUAUUUUGAAGAUUCAACCGCGUCAGAAUUCAAAUGUAAGACGACAUCACAAUUUGCCAGCUUGAUACGUGGAUCAUUUUUGGGAUUCCUCUACAGUUUGAAUGAAAAUCGUGCUUUUUAGCUGUGAUAUGUAAAUGUGCAUGUAAAAAUGACUUAGGAUCACUAGUAUGUGUUUAGUCUAGUCAAGUUACUGGCUUAUAGUGGUCUGUGCAUCUUUGUCUCGUGUUUGGCCUGUAAAGACUUGGGGAACGCUUUCCAUUCAAGGAUAUGUCUGCAUAAUAUUUGAUUGAAAGAAAAAACAAACCAUCUACUAAACCAAUAAGAAAGAGAUCAUCCGAAUUAUUUUAAUAGAAAAAGCACCAAUAGAGGUCCCUAUAGAGUAUAAGAUUGUCCAUUGUCGAAUUGCAUCAUGUUCAGCUGGUUGGGUACCGAUGACAGGAGGAAGAAGGAUCCUGAGGUCUUUCAGACAGUCAGCGAUGGCCUCAAGAAGCUCUACAAAACCAAGCUGUUACCCUUGGAGGAACACUACAAAUUCCACGAGUUCCACUCGCCCGCCUUAGAGGAUGCCGACUUCGACAACAAGCCCAUGGUUCUCCUUGUGGGGCAGUAUUCCACUGGAAAGACCAGCUUCAUACGGUACCUGUUGGAGCAGGAUUUCCCUGGAAUGCGGAUUGGGCCGGAGCCCACAACAGACUCCUUCAUUGCAGUGAUGCAUGGAGACACGGAGGGGGUGAUCCCUGGCAACGCCCUAGUUGUCGACCCCAAGAAACCCUUUAGGAAGCUCAACUCCUUCGGAAAUGCCUUUCUCAACAGGUUUGUGUGUGCCCAGCUUCCCAACCCUGUUCUCGAGAGCAUCAGUGUGAUAGAUACUCCUGGUAUCCUGUCUGGAGAGAAGCAGAGGAUCAGCAGAGGCUAUGACUUCGCAGCCGUUUUAGAGUGGUUCGCCGAACGCGUGGACCGCAUCAUCCUCCUGUUCGACGCCCACAAGCUAGACAUCUCAGACGAGUUCUCGGAGGUCAUCAAGGCCCUGAAGAACCACGAAGACAAGAUCCGGGUGGUUCUAAACAAGGCUGACCAGAUCGAGACGCAGCAGCUGAUGAGGGUUUAUGGCGCCCUCAUGUGGUCGCUGGGGAAGAUCGUCAACACGCCCGAGGUCAUCCGUGUCUAUAUCGGGUCGUUCUGGUCACACCCAUUGCUCAUCCCUGACAACCGUAAACUGUUUGAGGCGGAGGAGCAGGACCUGUUCAAGGACAUCCAGUCACUGCCCCGCAACGCUGCCCUCAGGAAGCUCAACGACCUCAUCAAGAGGGCACGGCUCGCUAAGGUCCAUGCCUACAUCAUCAGCUCUCUGAAGAAGGAGAUGCCAAGUGUGUUUGGAAAGGAGGGCAAGAAGAAGGAGCUGAUCAACAGCCUGGGAGAGAUCUACAGCCGCAUUGAGAGAGAACACCAGAUCUCCCCUGGAGACUUCCCCAACCUCAAGAAGAUGCAGGAGCAACUGAACGCCCAUGACCUGAACAAGUUCCAGCCCCUGAAGAUGAAACUGCUGGACACAGUGGAUGACAUGCUGGCCCACGACAUCGCCAACCUCAUGGUGCUGGUCAGGCAGGAGGAGACCAACCGACCCCAGCAGGUGGUGAAGGGAGGGGCCUUUGACGGUACCCUCAACGGGCCCUUUGGCCAUGGCUACGGAGAGGGUGCUGGAGAGGGCAUCGAUGAGGCAGAGUGGGUGGUGGCCCGUGACAAGCCAAUGUACGACGAGAUCUUCUACACGCUGUCGCCGGUCAAUGGGAAAGUGACGGGUGCCAACGCCAAGAAGGAGAUGGUGAAGUCCAAGCUGCCCAACACUGUGCUAGGGAAGAUUUGGAAGCUGGCUGACAUCGAUAAGGAUGGGAUGCUGGAUGAUGAGGAGUUUGCCCUGGCCAAUCACCUGAUUAAAGUCAAACUGGAGGGGCACGAGUUGCCCGCCGACCUCCCCGGUCACCUCAUCCCCCCCUCCAAGAGGAAAAUCCCUGCUGAGUAGACCCACCCCUGCAUCCUCACUUCCACAGGGCACUGAAGAAGAAAGGGAGUUGGUGGGAGGAAGGGCAGGGAAUGAUCUUUGGGGGGUGCGGGGGUAAAUUCAUCAAGGUUGGACAACCACGCUUCAACAUGAAACAAAGAAAAGUUUCAACUUUGUGGUCAUGCUUAGAGAGAGCAAAAAGAUUGAAAUUGUUGGCUUGCUCUUCUGACCUAUGUAUGACUUUGUUUUGUUUAUUUUUUUGAUUAAACUGGGUUGAAGGGGGUAAAGGUCAUGGUUCAGAGUUGGGGGAACUGAUAUUGGACUCUUACUGACUGCACCACCUGCAUGCCAUAUUAUUAAACACCCCCACUUAGAGUGUGCUAUCUGUGACAAUAACCUGCGUUAUCAUUGGAUACAUGAACCCUGUCUGUUUCUCAAGCAUAAAGGAUUUAGUAUUUGAUUUGAACCUACGUCAUAUCUCCCUUGUCAUAAAAUAGGCAUGUUUCAAAAAGGAUCAACUUAAUCUUAAUAAUCUUUAUUACUUAUCAUCUUUAAAAUACAAUAACGGCUCAAAUGCAGUGAUAUGAAUCCUUUUUUUUAUAAAUAGACAUAUUCUAUUUUCUUCUUGUGAACAGGCGGCAUCCUAAACAUGCAAGCCCUUCGUAGCCUGACCAAGAGACUGUUACAGCUGUCAUGUCGGAAAUCUGAGAGUUGGUAGACCUUUAAAUGUAUAAUGUUUUGAAAGUGCUUUCUAGUAACUUGUAUCCCUGUCCAACGUUUGUAUGUUUAUACCUGCGUAUUUAACCUAUUAUUUAGAAUAAUUCACUGUUGAGGGAAAGAGACUUCAAUCUUUCCUUAGGUAAACCGUGCUCACUGAAUGCAUAACUCAUUAAAAAGCAAAGGUUUUAAAUCA